GCGCAGGCGGUGCCGAGGGAGAAGGGAGACACGCGGGGAGGGUCGCAGAGGGAAGAGGGCGGCGAAGAGGAGUGGCAGAGGGGAAUAGGAAAGGGGCAUUGAGAGAGAAGGUGAAACAGAAAGAGAGCCAGAGAGAGAGAUGGGGCAGGGAGGCAAAAAGGCCAGGUGAAGAGAUGGGGGCUGGCAGAGGUGAGGCGAGACAGAGCAAGACCAGGGCUAGGAUUCUGGGGUGGGUGGAGAGAGAGUCGGCCCCGGACACCCUGGCUCAGGAAAGCCAAGAGCGGCCAAGUACAGCGAAAGGCAAGGGCAGCAGUAACCUGUGCUGCAGAGAGAGGCAGGUAGGCGAGGACCAGGACGAGAAUGGGGGCUGCUGCCCUAGUACGGCUUCCCUCCUUUUCUGGGAGCCUCUGCACCAGCCACCUGGCCUCCUGGCUCUUUCUCAAUCUUAGCUUGCAGCCUCCUGGCCUGGGACCUUUGCACAGAUUGUUUCCUCUGCCGGGAAUGCUCUUCCCCCAGAUACACACAUGGCUCACCACUUCGCUUCCUUCGGGUUGUUUAAAUGUCUCCUUCUCAGCAAGGCCUGUGAUAAACACCCUCUUUCAAAACCGUAGCCCAUUCUGCAUCCGCCCCCCCCCCCCCCGCCCAACCAUCGCUCUGCCCGUUAGCCUUGUGUUCUACCACCUUCUAACAUCCUGCAGCAGGAGGCGUGGGUAUUGUCCGUCUCAUCCCACGAGAGUAUAAGUUCCGUGAAGGCAGGGAUUUGGGGUCUUUUUUGGUAGUUUUUGAAUCCCCAGUACCUGAGACCGUGCUGGCACGUAGCAGGAACCCAAUAAAUAUUUGUUGGAUGAGUAAGUGCUCUUCUGUUGAAUAUGGACAGUCUCUGAAAAUUAUAUAAAGAAUAAGCAAAACAAACCCCUGAUGUGACUAUAUUGUACUGAUUUACUUCGUGGGAAAGUGGAGAACAGCAGAGAAUUCUGAUCACUGGAGGGUUCUGUUCAGCUGAGCUUCGACGGAGAAGACUUUUAGCUAACUUGGGAGCUUGAGGGUCUCUUUUCUUGAUGCCUCAUUUUCUCUAGAAUUGGCUGUGCGGUGGUUGUCAAUGGCGACAGCUGGACAUUAGCUGCCGAAGGGGGUGGUAGGUCAUGGGGAUGACUAGGCUGAUAGAAAGGGACACGGACAGAAAUGUGUGGUCUGUGAUGGAACAUUGUUUUUUGUUUGUUUGCUUGUUUGUGGUCCGAGUACAAGGAGUAUUGCAUUUGAUUUCAAGGGAGCUUUAAACCAGCUUAAAUAUGUGUGUUAUAUCUCUGUAACUCCCAAGUCGAAAUCAGAAUAGAGCAUUUUUGAAGGGCUUUUAAAGAAAAUGUGUGCUUCCUCUGGAGAACUUAAAUUGGUGCGUCACUCAAAUACUUCAGUACCCAUGGAUUAGAGAGUUGACGAGCAAAAGAUCCCCGGUAGUCUUUCAACGCAUUGUUCAUAUAUGGGAACAACCCUCUAAUUGUAGUUGGUUAGGCUAAAUGUGUGUGGAAAAAUAUACUGUCAUCUCGUUUGUCUGGAACAGAUUGAAUUUCCUCGAACACUCAAGCAUCUCUGUCUAGGUGAUUAACAGCAUCCUUGUCUCCGUCCUGAAACCUAUGGAGUCCUGGAAAGCCGGUGCCCUCAUCCCUGUUUGGACCUUAAUUUUCCAUAGCAGGCUGGCUUGCAGGAGAGACGGCUUUACUGUGUUGGGGGAGCGGCCACAGCAGGUCCUAUCUGGUGGUGAGUGGCUGUCAUGAUCUCGACAGCACCGCUCUACAGCGGCGUGCACAACUGGACCAGUUCUGACCGGAUUCGCAUGUGUGGCAUCAACGAGGAGAGAAGAGCACCCCUUUCUGAUGAGGAGUCCACGACAGGUGACUGCCAGCGCUUUGGAUCUCAGGAGUUUUGUGUCAGCAGCAGUUUUUCCAAGGUGGAGCUCACGGCAGUUGGAAGUGGCAGCAAUGCCCGGGGGGCAGACCCAGAUGGCAGUACAGCAGAAAAACUUGGGCACAAGUCAGAAGACAAGCCUGACGACCCCCAGCCCCAAAUGGACUAUGCUGGGAAUGUGGCGGAGGCUGAGGGCCUGUUGGUGCCGCUGAGCGGCUCGGGGGACGGGCUCAAGCUUCCUGCUCCUGACGGCGCCACUGAGGCUGGCGACAGCAGGGCCGACUGCUCCUGGGCCCCCCUCAGCACCCAAAUGAGCAAGCAGGUGGACUGCUCAGCAGCUGGGGUGAAGGCUUUGGACUCUCGGCAUGGUGUGGGGGAGAAGAAUACUUUCAUUUUGGCAACUCUGGGAACGGGAGUCCCCGUGGAGGGAACCCUGCCUCUGGUUACCACUAACUUCAGUCCACUGCCAGCCCCCAUCUGCCCCCCUGCUCCCAGUUCGGCCUCCGCCCCCCCGUCUGUUCCGGAUCCGUUCCAGGUUCCCCUCUCUGUCCCCACCCCAGUGCCGCACUCCGGGCUAGUUCCCGUCCAGGUUGCCACUUCGGUUCCAGCCCCUUCCCCUCCUUUAGCACCUGUCCCAGCUCUGGCUCCGGCACCGCCGUCAGUGCCCACACUCAUCUCUGAUUCAAACCCCCUUUCAGUUUCAGCCUCGGUCUUGGUGCCUGUGCCAGCGUCGGCUCCCCCUUCGGGUCCUGUUCCUCUGUCGGCUCCGGCCCCCACCCCCCUGUCAGUCCCAGUUUCGGCUCCUCCCUUGGCUCUGAUCCAGGCUCCCGUGCCCCCUUCAGCUCCAACCCUGGUCCUCGCGCCUGUCCCCACACCAGUUCUGGCUCCCAUGCCAGCGUCCACGCCUCCAGCGGCUCCCGCCCCUCCGUCAGUGCCGAUGCCCACCCCGACUCCGUCUUCUGGCCCACCCUCUACCCCUGCCCUCAUCCCUGCCUUUGCUCCUGCGCCGGUGCCUGCACCCACCCCGGCCCCGAUCUUUACUCCAGCCCCCACGCCCAUGCCGGCUGCCACUCCGGCUGCCAUUCCCACCUCUGCACCCAUCCCGGCCUCCUUUAGUUUGAGUCGAGUAUGUUUUCCUGCAGCUCAGGCACCAGCUAUGCAAAAAGUCCCAUUGUCCUUUCAGCCAGGGACAGUACUGACCCCAAGCCAGCCGCUGGUAUAUAUCCCGCCUCCGAGCUGUGGGCAGCCACUCAGUGUGGCCACACUGCCAACGACCUUGGGGGUCUCCUCAACUCUUACCCUGCCUGUCCUGCCUUCCUACCUUCAGGACAGGUGUCUCCCUGGUGUGCUGGCCUCCCCAGAGCUCCGGUCUUACCCAUAUGCGUUUUCUGUGGCCCGGCCUCUGACUUCAGAUUCCAAGCUGGUCUCUCUGGAGGUGAACAGGCUUCCCUGUGCGUCCCCAUCCGGCAGCACCAGCACCCAGCCUGCGCCCGAUGGGGUCCCCGGGCCUUUGGCAGAUACUUCCCUCUCUACUGCUUCUGCCAAGGUGCUUCCAACCCCACAGCCUUUGCUGCCAGCCCCCAGCGUGAGCUCGGCCCCACCACACCCCGCCAAGAUGCCAGGUGGUGGCGAGCAGCAAACAGAAGGGACUUCCAUCACCUUCUCUCCCCUCAAGUCACCGCCACAGCUGGAGCGAGAGAUGGCCUCUCCACCUGAGUGUAGCGAGAUGCCCCUGGACCUCUCCUCUAAGUCCAACCGCCAGAAGCUCCCGUUGCCGAACCAACGCAAGACGCCCCCCAUGCCCGUGUUGACCCCCGUGCACACCAGCAGCAAGGCCCUCCUCUCCACGGUCUUGUCUAGGUCUCAGCGCACCACCCAGGCUGCUGGGAGCAAUGUCACCUCAUGCCUGGGCUCUACUUCCUCGCCCUUCGUCAUCUUCCCUGAGAUCGUGAGGAAUGGGGACCCGAGCACCUGGGUGAAGAACUCAACUGCGCUGAUCAGCACCAUUCCCGGCACCUACGUGGGAGUGGCCAACCCAGUGCCUGCAUCCCUGCUGCUGAACAAAGACCCUAACCUGGGCCUCACCCGAGACCCCCGCCAUCUCCCCAAGCAGGAGCCCAUCUCCAUCAUCGAUCAAGGAGAGCCUAAGAGCACCAGUGCCCCCUGUGGCAAGAAGGGCAGCCAGGCUGGGACUGAGGGACAGCCAAGCACAGUCAAACGUUACACCCCAGCCCGCAUCGCCCCUGGGCUCCCGGGGUGCCAAACCAAGGAGCUCUCUCUGUGGAAGCCCACGGGGCCAGCAAAUAUUUACCCACGGUGUUCAGUCAAUGGGAAACCCACCAGCACCCAGGUCCUGCCUGUUGGCUGGUCACCAUACCACCAAGCGUCUCUGCUUUCCAUUGGCAUUUCCAGUGCCGGGCAGCUGACCCCCAGUCAGGGGGUGCCCAUCAGGCCCACCAGCGUCGUUUCCGAGUUUUCUGGUGUGCCGUCUCUUGGCCCCAGUGAAGCUGUGCAUGGACUUCCAGAGGGGCAGCCACGGCCUGGGGGCCCCUUUGCUCCAGAGCAGGACACUGGCACGAAGAACAAAACUUGUCGGAUUGCUGCCAAGCCUUACGAAGAACAAGUCAACCCUGUCCUCCUGACUCUCAGCCCUCAGACAGGGACCUUGGCACUGUCUGUCCAGCCUAGCGGUGGGGACAUAAAAGUGAAUCAGGGGCCUGAGGAAUCAGAGAGCCACCUCUGCCCCGACAGCACUCCUAAGAUAGAAGGUCCCCAGGGGGCUUGUGGCCUGAAGCUGGCAGGAGACACAAAGCCUAAAAACCAAGUACUGGCCACCUACAUGUCUCAUGAGCUGGUCCUGGCCCCCCCCCAGAACCUGCACAAGAUGCCCGAGCUGCCUUUGCUACCUCAUGACAACCGCCCCAAGGAACUCAUCUUGGAUGUGGUCCCAAGCAGCAAGAGGGGCUCCAGCACAGAGCUGUCACAGCUUGGAAGCCAGGUGGACCUGGGGCGGGUGAAAAUGGAGAAAGUGGAUGGUGAUGUGGUCUUCAAUUUAGCCACCUGCUUCCGGGCUGAUGGCCUCCCAGCAGCUCCCCAGAGGGGCCAAGCUGAAGUUCGGAAUAAGGCCGGGCAGGCUCGAGUGAAACAGGAAAGCAUAGGUGUCUUUGCUUGCAAGAACAAGUGGCAGCCAGACUCAGUGGUGACCGAUGGGGUGACCGAAUCUCUGCCGCCCAAGAAAAUGAAGUACAGCAAAGAGAAGGACGGUGAGGAGCAGCCACAAGCCAAGGUCAUAGCCCGGAGUUCCCAUGGACCCAAGUGCCGGAAGCCGCCUAGUGACCCCCAGGAACCCACCAAGAAAAGCCCCAGGGGGGCUUCAGAUUCAGGAAAAGAGCACAAUGGAGUCAGGGUAAAGCACAAGCACCGGAAGCCAACAAAGCCGGAUUCCCAGUCUCCAGGAAAGCGAGCUGAUGGCCACGAGGAAGGUUCCUUGGAGAAGAAAGCGAAGAGCAGUUUCCGUGACUUCAUCCCCGUGGUUCUGAGCACGCGGACGCGCAGUCAGUCUGGAGGCAUCUGUAGCCCCUUUGCUGGUGUGGCAGACAGUGACAUGGGAAGCCAGGAGGUCUUCCCCACAGAGGAGGAAGAAGAUGUGACCCCCACCCCAGCUAAGCGUCGAAAGGUGAGAAAAACCCAACGGGACACCCAGUAUCGCAGCCACCAUGCCCAGGACAAGACUCUGCUGAGCCAGGGCCGCCGGCACCUGUGGCGAGCCCGAGAAAUGCCCUGGAGGACAGAGGCUGCCCGGCAAAUGUGGGACACCAAUGAGGAGGAGGAGGAAGACGAGGAGGAGGGCCUGGUGAAGAGGAAGAAGCGGAGACGACAGAAGAGCCGGAAGUAUCAGACUGGGGAGUACCUGACAGAGCAAGAAGAAGAGCAGCGGCGGAGAGGGAGAGCAGAUUUAAAGGCUCGGAAGCAGAAGACUUCCUCCCAAAGUUCGGAGCACCGCCUCAGGAACAGGAACCUUCUCUUGCCCAACAAAGCCCAGGGGAUCUCGGAUUCACCAAACGGUUUCCUCCCAAAUAACCUGGAGGAACCAGCCUGCCUUGAAAAUUCAGAAAAGCCAUCAGGAAAACGGAAGUGCAAGACCAAGCACAUGGCAAACGUCUCAGAAGAGGCCAAGGGCAAAGGUCGUUGGAGCCAGCAGAAGACAAAAUCUCCCAAGCCUCCCACCCCAGUGAAACCCACAGAACCAUGCACACCCUCUAAGUCCCGAAGUGCCGGCCCAGAGGAGGCCUCCGAGUCACCUACAGCCCGGCAGAUCCCUCCAGAGGCACGUCGGCUCAUAGUGAACAAAAACGCGGGCGAGACUCUCCUGCAGCGGGCGGCCCGUCUUGGCUAUAAGGACGUUGUUCUCUACUGCCUCCAGAAGGACAGCGAAGACGUGAAUCACCGCGACAAUGCUGGCUACACGGCCCUGCACGAGGCCUGCUCCAGGGGCUGGACCGACAUCCUGAACAUCCUGCUGGAGCACGGGGCCAACGUGAACUGCAGUGCGCAAGAUGGCACGAGGCCGGUUCAUGACGCGGUGGUCAAUGACAACCUGGAGACCAUCUGGCUCUUGCUGUCCUAUGGAGCUGACCCCACACUGGCCACCUACUCGGGGCAGACAGCCAUGAAGCUGGCCAGCAGCGACACCAUGAAGCGCUUUCUCAGCGAUCACCUCUCAGAUCUUCAGGGCCGGGCAGAGGGUGACCCUGGCGUGUCCUGGGACUUUUACAGCAGUUCUGUGUUGGAGGAAAAAGAUGGCUUCGCCUGUGACCUCCUGCAUAAUCCUCCCGGGAACUCUGAUCAAGAAGGAGAUGAUGUGGAAGAGGAUGAUUUCAUGUUCGAGCUCUCAGACAAGCCUCUUCUCCCUUGCUACAACCUCCAAGUGUCAGUGUCCCGCGGGCCCUGCAACUGGUUCCUCUUUACCGACGUCCUGAAGAGGCUGAAGCUUUCCUCCAGGAUCUUUCAGGCUCGGUUCCCGCACUUUGAAAUUGCCACCUUGCCCAAGGCUGAGUUCUACCGGCAAGUGGUCUCCAGUCAGCUUCUGACCCCAGCCGAGAGGCCCGGAGGCAUGGACGACAGAUCCGCCCCAGGCUCCUCUGAGACUGUGGAGCUGGUGCGGUACGAGCCAGAGCUCCUUCGGCUCCUGGGGUCGGAGGUGGAGUUCCAGCCCUGGAACAGUUGACCUGGGAAGCAGCCUCUCCCUUUUCUUCUUUCUCCUCCCACGUUCGCCCUUCCCCACCUCCCCCGCCUUUCCCCCACCGAGCACCAGACUGCAGAAUGAGGCAAUAAUACGGACCAACAAGAAGCCGCCUUAUCAAUGCCA